AUGCUGUCCACGAGAACGGCGCCCAAGAAGGCCGUCGGCCUCUCACGGACCGCCGUGAGGGGUCUGGCUACUGUCCAGGACGGUGCCCCGAAGCGAACAUACGGAGGUCUGCGAGACCAAGAUCGCAUUUUCCAGAACCUUUACAACCGAUACCCCGUCGACCUCAAGAGCGCCAGGAAGAUGGGUGACUGGCACAAGACGAAGGAGAUCAUCCUCAAGGGUCACGAUUGGAUUAUCAGCGAGGUCAAGGCCUCCGGUCUUCGAGGACGAGGUGGUGCUGGUUUCCCCUCGGGUCUCAAAUGGUCUUUCAUGAACUUCAAGGACUGGGACAAGGACACCAAGCCCCGUUACCUCGUCAUCAACGCCGAUGAGGGUGAGCCCGGAACCUGCAAGGACCGUGAGAUUAUGCGAAAGGACCCACACAAGCUCAUCGAAGGAUGCCUUGUUUCUGGCCGAGCCAUGAACGCGACCGCCGCCUACAUUUAUAUCCGUGGUGAAUUCGUCGAGGAGGCUGCUGUCCUUCAGCGAGCCAUCAACGAGGCCUACGCCGCCGGUCUGAUCGGAAAGAACGCCUGUGACUCUGGAUACGACUUCGACGUUUACCUGCACCGAGGUGCCGGUGCCUACGUUUGCGGUGAGGAGACUUCUCUUAUCGAGUCCCUCGAGGGCAAGCCUGGAAAGCCUCGUCUCAAGCCUCCGUUCCCUGCUGCCGUCGGUCUUUUCGGAUGCCCUUCAACUGUUACCAACGUCGAGACUGUUGCUGUUGCCCCUACUAUCUGCCGACGAGGAGGAAGCUGGUUCGCUGGUUUCGGUCGUGAGCGCAACCAGGGUACCAAGCUCUUCUGUAUCUCUGGUCAUGUCAACAACCCCUGCACAGUUGAGGAGGAGAUGUCUAUUCCCAUGCGUGAGCUGAUUGAGAAGCACUGUGGUGGUGUUCGAGGUGGAUGGGACAACCUUCUGGCUGUCAUUCCUGGUGGUUCUUCCACUCCCGUUCUCCCUAAGCACGUCUGUGAUGACCAGCUUAUGGACUUCGAUGCCCUUAAGGAUAGCCAGUCUGGUCUCGGAACGGCUGCUGUUAUCGUCAUGGAUAAGAGCACCGAUAUUGUCCGAGCUAUCAGCCGUCUCAGCCACUUCUACCGCCACGAGAGUUGCGGUCAAUGCACACCUUGCCGAGAGGGAAGCAAGUGGACAGAGCAGAUGAUGAAGCGGUUCGAGAAUGGUCAGGCCCGUGAGCGUGAGAUUGACAUGCUCCAGGAGCUCACCAAGCAGGUUGAGGGUCACACUAUUUGCGCUCUGGGUGAGGCUUUCGCCUGGCCUAUUCAGGGUCUUAUCCGACACUUCCGACCUGAGCUUGAGGCUCGUAUCCAGCAGUUCUCUCGUGAGAACGGUGGUGAGGCUCUUGCUGGUGGAUGGAACCACAACGCCAAGGCCCAAGGAAAGCUUGUUUCUCCCGUUGGUAUCGAGCGAAUUCUUCGUGGCUUUCAAGCUAUUUGCGCUCUCCUUGUCUGGUACCCAGCCCUCUUUGCCUUUGUCGAGAACAAGGUCUCUUCCCCAGUACCCCUCGGCGUACUGGGCAGUCAGAUCAACGUCUCGCGGCGCUUCAUUCGAUUCUUCCGCUUCUUGGACAGUUUCCAGGCGGGAUGGAAGGCCUUCGUCUCUCAAGGCAACAAAGGUCUUGAUGGCUGGCUCGAAAUUGUUAGCAAGACGUGCUUCGGCAUGUUUGGCAUGAUGGAGACUAUGACCCUUCUGGAUCUCUGCGGCAUUGAGAACCUGCGUAUCUUUAGUGUUGAGAAGUUCGCCGAAAUCGAAUAUCAGGGUCAGCUGUUCUGGUUCGCUGGGCUUUACACCUCUAUCAUGGUCUCUGUUAUCAGACUGUUCCGUCUUCUGUUUAGCCCACCCGCCGCCGUCACCAAGGAGAGCGUGAGCACCGCCUCUACCGAGGAUACGGCCGAGCUUGUCACUGCCGAAAAGGAGGCUUCAUCUACGCUCUCUGAGAAGAGCUCGAAGGAGGAACUCGACAAGGAGCGCAAGCGUCUGAAGGACAUUGUCGCCAAGCGUAAGGCUGAACGAGGUGCUUAUAUGCAGAAGCUCAGCAGCGAAAGCUACGUGCUUCUCCGUGGCCUUGUUUCUGAUGUUCUUGAUCUGCUUCUUCCUGCCUCUACUCUUGGCUGGGUCAAAGUCUACCCCGGUACGGUUGCUUCGGUCAUGUUCUUCACUACCCUUACUACGGGCUCAGCUGUGUGGGACAAGGUUGGACGGGAACUUCAGAUGAGGAAGCAGUAA